GGGGUCCGAUGCCCGUCGCUCCGCCUGAGGGCCCGAGACCUGUAGUUCCGCCUGUGGGUCCGGCGCCCGCCGCUCCGCCUGAGGGCCCGAGACCUGUAGUUCCGCCUGUGGGUCCGGCGCCCGCCGCCCCGCCCGGGGGUCCGAGGCCACGUCGCCCCGCCCGGGGGCCCGGUGCCUGUCGCUCCGCCCGGUGGCCCGCUGCCUGCUGCUUCGCCUGGUAGCCCGAUGUGCCUCUGCCCGGGGUCUUGCCCGAUGUGCCUCUGCCCGGGGUCCAGCCCGAUGUGCCUCUGCCCGGAGUCCAGCCCGAUGUGCCUCUGCCCGAUGUGCCUCUGCCCGGAGUCCAGCCCGAUGUGCCUCUGCCCGGAGUCCAGCCCGAUGUGCCUCUGCCCGGAGUCCUGCCCGGCCGCUCCUUGAGGGGG